UCCAUAUCGAGGCGCCGCAAACUCCGCGCGCAGUGCGGUUGAAACGCAGGUUAGCAGUUCGUCGCAUUGCUUUGAAGCUGAGCGACAGCGUGAGGUAAUCCGUAACGCAGCAGUGCUCCUCAUAAAUAGCGUCAAUAUUUGCAGCACGCCGCGGCGGCCGUAAAAUGCGCGCAGUUCUCGCACUGCUAUGCGCCGGCGCCGCUAGGGCGGACCUCUGCGCCCGCGGCCUCACCGCCUCGCUCAACGACAAAAAUAUCUGCUGCCCGCGCAUGUGCAAAUAUACAGGUAUUGAAAACCAGGGCGGGACGUGCGACGAGCAGCAGUGCCAGCUGGGCAACGACCGGUGCUGCCCCGCCCAGAUCCUCAAAAGAAGAGUGCCCUGCGAGGCACCCGAGGACGUGGGCUGCGUCUUCGCGCAGAAUCUUGAUAAAUUAAAUACGGCGAGGGCGGUCCGCGGCCUCGUCGGCCAUUUUUGUAGGGAAGGCGUGCGCGGCACGUCUGGUCAUAGGGCGACGUGCUGCCCGUCUUCCUGUACAAGGUGCGACGCGUGCCCCGGCGAGUGCUGCGGUUCGUUGUUUGAGAAGCAGUGCUCGACGCCUACUGACGUCAAUUGCCAGGGUCCGAGACCGGAACUCGAUUUGACGGACUUCAAGGGCGCGCGCAAAGAUGCUGAAGAAACUAAGGUAGAUGUCGUCAUCGCGGGCGACCGCGUCCAGGCGCUUGGGCUGAUUGCCUGUGCCAAAUCUUGUGUGGAUUCGACGAGGAAACCGCACCGAUUGCGGUUCCACCUCAUCGUCGACCCGCCUUCCGUAAAAGUCAUCGAAGAGGCCACGAAGUGUUCCGUACAAGGUUCGGGUGCGUCCGUCGCCGUCUACGGCUUCGAGUGGUCGAAGUACAAACGAAAUCCGGAAUUGACGAUCAGCGCGCCCGUGAACAGUCGGAAGGGCAACCUCUCGGCGGAGGCGAACUUCGCGCGCUUCUAUUUAACGGAGAUGCUCCCUUCAGAUGUGGAGAAGGUCGUGUACUUGGAUGCCGACACUGUAGUGAGAAAAGAUGUGACCCAUUUAUAUGAUACCUCACUGACCCAAGCGACCUCGCAAAGCAUGGCCGUGGCCGCGGUAUCUAGAAGGUACAAGCCCAUGUGCGGGUCGUGGCUGGCCUGUCGGAGCACGCAGGUCCAAAGUCUGUUAAGAUCCCAGGGCAUUAAUGACCCCGCGGCGCAAUUGGAUACGUUCAAUGCUGGCGUGUUGGUCUUACACUUAAAAAGGUGGCGCGUGCUCGAUUACACGCGGCGCAUCGAGUUCUGGAUGAAGUGGAAUACGGACUUACGAGACCCUUGCACCAAUUGGGGGUUGUAUAAACUCGGUUCGAAUCCGCCACUCAUUCUCACUGUAAGGCAGGACUUCCAGCGACUCGAUAAUAGGUGGAAUUGUCAAAGAGGACACGCGUGCUGGGAUCGAGGUGAUGCUGGACUCUUACAUUGGUCCGGGGCGGCGAAGCCCUGGUAUCUUGCCUUUGCGCGCGACAAUCACGAUUGGCGGCCUUUUCUACACGAGAAGUGCCUCGGGCCCUUCGCGUCGGAUCUAGGUGUGACGCCGAAGAUCGAAGGUGCGAUGCAGACGAAGCGCAACGCCUGCAAGCCCAAGGUGACUGGUCCUAGACCGAAUCGGACGGAAUGUACCUCACCACAUUGCUUCCGGAAGAAUGCUGAGUUGAACAAAGACGACAGGGACAAGCUGUGGGAGGCCUACGAGCUCGGUCAAAAGUUAGACGAGCCCGGGACGGUCGUAGAAGGUGCGAGUGGGUUCCAGGACCGGCUCGACGCCGAUUUAACAAGGCAGAUAAACGCGUGGGCCCCGUUAUCCUUAUCAUCAUUCAUGGAGACCUCGAGAAAGGAGCUGCGGGAGGCGGCGUCACUCUACAAGUGCGAGGCCGUGCUCUUCUGCGUCGUCGACGGCCAGGUCCACGUCGACAGCGAGAACCACGGCCCGUCGAAGCCGUGCGGCCGGGCGCCGGCCACGGCUCUGACGAAGUCCUUGGAGUUCCUCUCCAUUGCCCUAUCUACUUAUAAGGGAGAGGGCUGCGCGGUGUUGUACGCGCCCGAGGACGUGAGCGACACUUCUGACGAGCCCUUUUCUAUUCCCUUCGUCACGCACGCCCGGUCGCGUGCAGCGAGAGGUAUCCUCGCGCCGGGCCCCGGCGACGAAAUACUUGAGCUUCAUACUCCUAUCAAAGGUGAACGGCACAUCCCGACAAAGUUUAAGAUGGAAGUUUCGAAUGCCGACCGCGUGCGCCGCUGGGGCGCCGCGCAUUCAUCAUUAAAAGCGAGAUUUGAGGUCGGCGACGCUAGGAGUCAGAAGAAGAUCUGGUGGCGCGGGAGGAUCGCGAAGCCCCUGGAUUGUAGCGACGACGGCCAGUGGGCUAGAUUACAAGCUGUGGCGCUGUCGAUGUACAAGCCGUACUCCUACGACGUGCGCAUGGAGCACGAGGUCAAGAAGAUCGACCAGCGGGUUUGUUUGGACCGGGCGCCGCGGUCGCCGACGAUCAUACGAUUCCUGCGGCGCAUCUUCAAGAUUGGCGCGGGGACGUCACGAGCCGCUCCGGUGCUCAAAUGGGUGGCGGAUUAUAGGUAUGUGUUACAGAUUCAGAAGAGUGGAGGUUGUAGUGAUGCGGCGCAAGAUGCGGUGCUGUGGGGCGUCGGCGCCGUGGUGGUAAAAUGGGAGCGGAACUGUGUGCGAUGGUACGACGCUGCGGCGAAGCACGCGGCGACGCAUCUCGACGUGAACGUUCGUACCGCUUCACCCAUGGCCGACCAGCUCCAGAAGCACGACAAGACCGCUUCCUUAUUAGCGCGGAAUGCGCGACUGUUCUAUGAUCAAGUUCUGACGCCGGAGAUGGCGUCGAAGCGGUGGGCCGACGUCUUGAGUGGUUUUAAUGCGCGGUUUAAUGGAGGCGGCUCCGUGCGCGCCGCCGUCUCGACCUUCGCGCGCUUCGACAGCGACCGGCCCUGGGCCGCGUUCGACGCGGCGACGGCCGAUGAAUUGGACGCGAUGGCGCGCCUGGGGUGAUUAUUGUGUUUAAGUAGAA